UGGGUAUAUAGAUCUUAAAGGUUUACAUGACAGAUUCGAUGUGGAAUUUCUCUAAAAAUUGAUUUAUUUCAGUAGUGAUUUUAAUGUGAUUUCUGCGACAUUGACUAUUACGCUCAAAUUCAUCUUUAGUUGAAAGGUAGAGGUAUAUAUUUGGCUUUAUCUCGAAUCAAAAAUGACGGGCUUAAUUUCCAAAUCAUUGGACUUCUCAUAGAAGGUGCUGUGACGAGUAGGCGAGGUGAACGAAGAAUUUAUAUGCAGUCGCGAAUAGAAGCGACUUGACUGGAAUUGUAAGGUAGUCGUGGAUAUAAGCGACUUGACUGGAACUUUCGCGUUAUCAAUCGCGAGUGGAGUAAGAAAUACUCAAAAUGGCCGCUAAAGGACACUCAAAGCAACGGCUACCUAACGGUUACAUCAGUAAUAAAGGUGGACAUGAUGCGUACGACGCACGUGACGAUUUUCAAACGUCGCCUGCGUAUAUGACGCCGAAUCCAAAAGUAUUAUCCGUGCGUGUACACGUUAACAGGGAUAAAUUUGAACCUGGAAAGAAAAUGGUUAUAGCUAAGCAUAAAUUAAAAACGUUUGAAAACUUUCUUAACGAAUGUACUGACAAAUGUAAGCCUUAUUUUGGAAGUGCUAGGCGUCUGUAUACGGCAAGGGGACGGCACAGAAUACAGUCACUAGAAGAGCUAAAUCAGGACAGCAUUUAUGUUAUAACAGGCAACGAGCAAUUCGAACAUGUCAACUACCGAGAAAUUCCUGACCGCCCAAGGCAGCCUCGGCGAAAAGGAUUUAAGAAAAUAGAUUAUGAAAGAAUAAUUCAUCCAGUUACGCAUGCUUGGGAUGAAAAACUUCGGAAAGAACCAGGACGGUCACAGGACCUCAAUAGACAUAACAUUGGAUUACGAUUGCGGGUGCACAAGAACGGUGAAAAUACUGAGGCAUACCAUCCAGUUACAAUACUUCCCAGGGAUAAAGACAAUUUUUCGAGGAUUGCUGAAGAAAUAUCAACAGCUAUGGGUCUACCACCAAUAAAACAGAUUUACAAAAUCAUUAACCUGGGAGGUGUGCGAGAAAAUUUUAUCCCAGUGACAGAGGCUAAAGAGUUAGAACAACAGGAACAUUUACUUGUGAUACCUAGAACCGGUUUUGGCAAAGAAUUAAAUGUAAAAGUGUACCCAUUCGAUGGAAUGAAUCCAUUCUAUGUCCUGACAUCACCUCGGAUUGGACCAUACUGGAAUUACCCCUCGUUUCAAUCAGAUAAACCACAAACUAGGCAUAACAGAAAUUUAAACCCACACAAGGUAGUACCAAGUAUAGGAUCAAGCAAACAAAGUGAUACAAUGUCCCCAUUCUCUAAUCCCCCUGGCUCACAAGGUGAAAGAAGAGGAAACAAGCCAAAACGUGGGCGUGGAAGACGUGAAGUAGAUUAUGAUAAGGACGAAGGUGGAGUUUAUCGAGCGAAGAAUCAGAACAAUGCUAAGGGAGCUCACCAGGUAAAUGAAUCUCGGGAGACUCGUACAGAAAAACCUAUUGAUCAAACGGAAGCUGAGAUUGUCGAAGAGGAAGAGAUUCACUCUAAAGAAAAGACCACCCCCAUCCCACCGGGCACAGAACUUAACAAGAGACCGUCCAAAGAAACUAAACAGAACGCUGACGGUGCUAGCCAGACUAAAAACAAGACUGAGGUAAAAAAGGGAGGGAAAAAUGGCAAAGACAUGAAUAAACUUAGUGUAUUACCUCCCAUUGUUGAUGAAGGAAAAAAAAAUGGUGGCGCUAAUAAAGUUAAGAAAGAUGAAAUGAAAGAUAUCAAAGAAGGAGUCGUGAAAGAAACUGUUGAUAAAUUUGAAGGAAAUACUGGGGAAGGGUUGGGGCUAGAUGACCCAUUCAGUGCUGAGAAAGAAAGUACCCCCAACGAUCUGAAGACUGAUGAUGUCAUUGAAAUGACAGAAAGGGAGAUCACUCCAGUUGACUUGAAAUCCAGUAAUGUGGAGGUCACUAAGCCCCCUUUGUCGACAACUCCUCCACAGGGUAAACUUUCAAAGGGUUCGGGCAAAGUGCAGGAAAGAGUGGAUGAAGAUGCGGGCAUGCACCGUACCAACGAAUUUGAAGAUGAUUCCUUCAACCGUUAUGAUCGAAACACACCGGGGGCCAUGAGCAAAGACCCCAGUUCCUCCACCCCGGCUUCCCGGGCUGAGGAGAGGCGAAAGAGGGAACAACGGGAGUAUGAGGCUGCUGCUAAAAUCCAAGCUGGUGCCCGAGCAUACAAGGCUAGGAAGGAGUACAAGGAGAAGAAAGAGGCCCAGAGACGAGACAUGAACAAUGAAAGUGACCGACUUGAUGAUGAGGCUCGUCGUCGAGAAGAAGAAGCUCUUCGCAACGAGGAAGAGGAACGUCGUCAAGAGAAUGCGCAUUGGCAAGCUGAACAAGACCGUCAAAGAGAAGAAGAGGAAGCACGUUGGCAAGCAGAACAAGAACGUGAGAGGGAAAUGAAUGCACAGAAAAAGAAAAUGGAUGAAGACCAGGCAGCCACAAGAAUUCAGGCAUCUUUUAAAGGGCAUAAAGCGCGUAAGGAAUAUCAAGCAAAAAAGCAAACACAGGUACGUGUUGAUGAUAAUAAACAAUCUAAGAGUGAAAAAGAAAUUGAGGCUGCCACUAAAAUUCAGAGUGGUUUUAGGGGAUAUAAGGUCAGAAAAGAAUAUAAUAGCAGAAAAAAACAAAUAAAAGAGACUGACAUAAAUGAUAAUGAGAAGAAAGAUAUAGAUGAUGACAACGUAGGUAAGAAAACAAUGAAUGAAGAUGAUGCUGCCGUAGCUAUACAGGCAGGUUUUAAGGGUUAUAAAACUAGAAAAGAAUUUGCUCAGAAAAAAGCUCAGGCAAAAGCUGAGAAUGAAGAAAGUAGGGUAGAAAAUAAGAUGGACAUUGAUAAAAAGCAGCAUGAAGCUGCUACUCAAAUUCAAGCCAAUUUCCGAGGCUUUAGAGCAAGGAAGCAGUACACGGAGAAGAAAAAGAACGCAAAAGUAGAGGCUGAAUCAGCUACAAGAAUUCAGGCCUCAUUCAGAGGAUUCCGAGCCAGAAAAGAGCUUUCAGAGAAGAAAAAGGAACCCCAACUACCAGACCAGGCACCUUCUCCAAAAGGAGAUGAUGAAGAAGCAAAAAACAGAGCAGCAACUAAGAUACAAAGUGGAUUUAGAGGCUAUAAGGCUAGAAAAGAUUAUAAAGCUAAGGAUUCUCAAGUAAUCAAUAUGUAAUCGUGUACAAGCACAUAAAAUAUAUAUGGUCAGCAGUGAGUGAGCACUAGACCAGUCUGGAACUUGGGGAAUUCAAGCAUCUUACUGAUUUGGAACAAGACGUUUGAUUGGUUAUAUUUUAUUCGGAUGAAGAACAUUCUGAUUGGUUGAAAUUUACAUAUAUGUGAACUAUCUUUUGCUCUGUAUUUUUUGUACAUUUGUUAUAUCUGACUUUCUUGUUCUCUUUUAAAUUUUGUUUUUGUAUCAUUGUGAUUACAAAUAAUAACUCGCUGAGAGUUGAACUCUU